AUGCUGAUGGAUACAGAUGAAAUUGAUCUGUCUUCAACCAGUGACAGUCCGAAUGCUCCUCUUAAGAGGAAUAAAAGGGCAGUUAUUACAAUUAGCACAUACAAUUCGGACGAUGACGACGACGAUGAUCUUGAUUUAGAGGACGAUGCUCCAUUAUCAGAGAUACGAGCCGGUAUGGCCCCAUUUCCCGCCUGUGACAAGGAGAUUAUUGACUUAACCAACGAGGCAACUCCUCCUCCUUCGGACGAUGAAUCAUCUACUCUCACAGAGGAUCAGAAAGAUCACAUCGUCACAGUCAUGUCUAAAGCGGGUCAUUCCGAUCUCUUCAAGGUCAGUAAUGCACCCUCCCGCAAUUCUCUUCUGUCAAUGUGGGUGAAUUCCUCAAAAUUCCAGGCGUUCCGACCACCGCGCAUGGGAUACACUGGUUUCGGCGACAAGGAAAGAGUUCCUCGUUCCUUUGUGGUUCAUUUCUACGAGACACUGAAAUCCAAUGACCCUUCAACAUCAAAUUCGGUCAUAAAGGAGCCAAAUUUUGGAGCAGUUCUGUUAAAGGCACAAGCGCACUGGAAGAGCCUAAGUUCGGAAGAAAGAAAAGCUUAUCGUAAACGGGCAAUUCAUUCUAAGGCAUCAUAUAGCCACCAUUUACUGGAACGUCGAGAAAAGCUAAACUCCUUGAUUUCUCGAAGAAUACCAAUAUGUGCAAAUCCAUCCUGUCAAAAUCUUGUUGUUUAUGACAAUCGUUGGGAUCUGGAUUAUUGUUCACCAGAUUGUGUGGUAGCCAACAGUAAAUUCGUUUUUGAGAAUAGAUUCCGAAAUUCCUCUGCGAUUGCAUUACCUGCCAAUGAAAACCCAAGUGUCACUUCAUCAUCUGAGAAGCUAAUGUCGUUGGCUUUAUCAGAUAAUCACAGGAGGGGAGGGAAUGCAUCCUUGGAAAACGGAAGUCUCGAAGUUGAAUGCAAAAAUAAAUCAUUGAAUUUACAAUCUGCAGUUUCGCCUAUGGAGAUGAAGAGUAGUACUGAUAACUAUUUUGGUGGAAAUAUAUUUGAACGAGUAGCAAAUGUCGGUCAGAUAAACAGAGUUAAGUCCCAAGGCGAUACAACGCUUCGGAGUCGCCAUCAGCAAAGUGUCCUAUCCCCAGCAAUUGCAUACGUUGAUGAAGUCUUCCUAAAUGGGGGAAUUAAAGAUCGAAUUUUAAAGAGUUCUUUUACAAAAAUUGGAGCGAUGGAUAUGUACAACGCUACUUUUUUACAGAGUCAUUAUACCGUCGUUUAUAACAUAUUAACGACUCGAUUACCUCAAAAUAACAAUAAGGAUAGCGAAACUACAACUGAAGAGAUUGAAAAGGAGGCUCUAAAUUGGAAGAACGUUAAUGAAGAGAAAUUACGAAAACUUGGAGUGUCGGAGAUAUUUGUUGAUCCCUGUGUGGAUGCGGAAGUUGCUGCUGAGGCAGCCUUCCUCGCAGCAUUUUCUUUUGACGAGUUGAAAAAUCAAAAACGAAGAGUCAGUCAACCACCAAUCUCCUGCUUUACUGCCCAUUUAGACAAUGAUCCUGAUGGAUUCGAGACCAAAUCGAAAUUACAAGCAGCAUGGGACAGGGGGCGAAUUCUAGCUCAAUCUCAAAACCAAGCCCGGCGGUGGAUGGAAAUGCCACCCAACAUGUUGUACCCGGAGGUUUUUGCCCAUGCAAUUGAGGAGGCCAUGAGUGAGGCAAUGAAAUCGGCAGCUGAAGAUGCUUCUCUCAACGUGGAGGUCUAUGACAGGAAGUGGAUCAAACAACAGGGUAUGGGCGGUGUUCUUGGUGUUGCUAGGGGGUCUGAUCAAUCACCCUACUUUGUGGAGAUUAGCUAUGUGGGUGACCCGUCGCGACCCAAUGACCAUAUUGCAUUGGUAGGGAAAGGAGUUACCUUCGAUUCUGGCGGUAUUUCUAUCAAACCCGCAGUCGGAAUGGGUGAUAUGCGAGGCGAUAUGGGUGGAGCCGCAGUCAUAGCUUCUGUACUCACUGGAAUCAUUCGGCUUCAAUCCCCAAUCAACGUCCGAGUAUAUCUUCCAUUGGUGGAAAAUAUGCCUGAUGGGAGAGCUAUGCGACCUGGAGAUGUCAUCCGAAUGGCCAAUGGUUGCACCGUUCAGGUUGAUAAUACAGAUGCAGAAGGUCGGUUGAUCCUUGCAGACGCUCUCCACUACGCUCAGUCAAGAAAUCCCUUCUUCAUCAUGGAUGCAGCCACUCUCACCGGAGCCAUUUCGAUAGCCCUUGGUGACGCAUAUACCGGUAUCUUCUGUAAUCGUUCUGUCCAACGGCGUCAAGUCCUCGACAUUUGGCCAUUGUCUGAAGCUGAAAAGGGGGAUGCUGGUAGCAGUACUGUUCAGGGAGGCCGUGGUGGUGCAACCAUCAUCGGUGCUCUAAAUCACUGCGGGCGUAUCAAGUGUGAUCCAUUCUGGCAUAUGCCUAAUCUCUAUGCGAGGCAUUUAAUUGAUGGCUGUGCUACGGCGGAUAUUGCGAAUAUUACCUCCGGAGCUUAUGCCAAGUUGGCUGGGUCUGGAUCGGCAUCCGCUUUCCUUCAGAAUUUCGUGAAACCCACUAUUCCCUUUAUUCAUUUGGAUAUCGCGGGGGUAAUGAAAACAAUUGUUGAUGAUGCUUCUCUCCGUCGUGGCAUGUCCGGACGCCCUACUCGUGCCUUAAUUCACUUCCUGGACAGUUUAGCUCGUCACAAUUUCCGUAAGCAUGAGCGGGACAAUAAGGAGUAA